AUGACCACGAUCGAAUCCUCGUCACCGCGGUACACGGACAGUAUCCCAGCAGCGGAAGUUUCGGGCGCUCCCUCAUCGAUUGCCGCGACCGCACCACUGCCUGCAUCAGGCGGUCUCUCCACAAAUGCCGUGACUCGCAACUUCUCUGACCUCCACGCCCCGACGUGGAUUGCGCUGCUCUCCGCCAACAUCGGUGCUCGCACACUUCUCUUCCAUCCCAUACAACUCGCCAUUAGCCGCAAGCGAGUGACACGCGAGAGCACGCCGCCAACGGUUAUCGGUCUAAUGAAAGCAUCCUACCGAGGCGGUCGCACCUCGGCGUACGAUGCAGCAUCCACCAAGGGUCAGUACGACUUUGGCAAGGGCGGCAUCCGCGGCUGCUAUCGCGGGUUCGGGGCGGCCCUGCUGUGCAACCUGCUAGGUGAGACCAGCUACCUAUUCACAUUGGAGGCGAUGAAGGAAUACGUGGAGGCCCUCUCCUCUAAGUCCGCGGGGGAUAACAUCUUCGCUGCAAGCAGCUACUCCGCCGCGGUGGGGGCAAUGUGUGGUGAUCUCGUCGCCCUGCUCCUUGUCAGCCCCCUCGUUAUCGUGUGCAACCGGCAAAUGACGGCGGGGUAUAGUAUGGCGUCGACGAACUCGUACAUGAACGUGCCGCAGACAUUUCGCACGGUGUGGGGACUACAUCAGAAGAAAGCGGUCGCAACCGGACGCGUCUGGCCUGGCGAGCGCGUGCGUUGUGGCUUGUGUGGUGUUUAUCAGGGCUUGAGUGCGGGUCUGUUGCGCAUCCCAUCGAGUGGGUGCUGGUGGGGGCUUUACACAAAGUCGAAGGAGACACUCUACAUCGCGUCUGCACCAACGCUUUCCGUGUGGGAGCAGGAGUACAGGUACACCGCAGCAGCCCGCGACCCGUCCACAGCGGCGGCACCGUCCGCCACAAAGUCGACCCUCCUGUGGCAGCAGAACUGGCUCCUCUCGCCAACGGACAACCCGCUGCUGAACGUGGUGGCGAGUGUCAUUGCCAGCGUGUUCACAACACUCCUCUUUAACCCCAUUGCGGUCGUUCAGACGCGUCAGCAAGCCCUUCCCCCGGGGCUUUGGGAGGAGCGAAUGGUGGCGGCUGCCAGGGGAGGUAGCGCAGCAUCCUCACCGUCGCCAGCCGUGCACAAGCAGACGUGGAAGUCGUUGCUGCCAUUCCGCCGCGUUUACCACGUUGCCAACGACCUCGCGCGCAAGGAAGGCGUGCGAGGCUUCUUCAAAGGUGCCCCGGCAAACAUGUCCGUUGCCGUGUUGGACGGGAUUAUCUUCACGCUGUUGUUCGAGUUCACGAAGCUCGGCAGCGACAUACAGUUGCUCGAGAAACAUCACACAGGUUAA